AUGGAUGGAGGAGUCUCAAUAAAAUCAGAUCCCAAUGCACAGAUUCUAAAACAUGGAGGAACUUCAAGUUCUCAAAAAAAACAGGAAGAAAGCAAAGAGUCACUGAAGAAGAAAACACUCGUAAGUUCUGGUGAAUCCUUAAUAUCCAUGCACAAAAAGGAGCCAAAGAGAAAAACAAAAGGCAUUGAGCUGGAGAAAGACAAGUUAGGGAUGGAGGUUAAGAUAGAUAAUGCAGAAAUGGGCGUGCCAAAAAUUCAGGAACCCCAAGUAAGAAAGAGUGAGACAAGAGUUCCAAAAAUACAGGAACCUCAAGUGAGAAAGAGAGAGACGGGAAUACCAAAUAUACAGGAACCCCAAGUGAGUAAGAGUGAGACGGGAAUACCAAAAAUAGGGGAACCCCAAGUGAGAAAGAGUGAGCCGGGAAUACCAAAAAUACAGGAACCCCAAGUGAGAAAGAGUGAGACGGGAAUACCAAAAAUACAGGAACCCCAAGUGAGAAAGAGUGAGACGGGAAUACCAAAAAUACAGGAACCCCAAGUGAGAAAGAGUGAGACGGGAAUACCAAAAAUACGGGAACCCCAAGUGAGAAAGAGUGAGACGGGAAUACCAAAAAUACAGGAACCCCAAGUGAGAAAGAGUGAGACGGGAAUACCAAAAAUACAGGAAUCCCAAGUGAGAAAGAGUGAGACGGGAAUACCAAAAAUACAAGAACCCAAAGUGAGAAAGAAUGAGAUGAGAGUACCAAAAAUACAGGAACCCCAAGUGAGAAAGAGUGAGACGGAAAUACCAAAAGUACCAGAACCCCAAGAGAAAGAAAAGGUUUCCAAGGAUCAAGGAAAGCAGAGCCAAGAAAAGGUGCAAGAUGCAGAGAUGAAUCCAGACAAAAGAAAACAAGCUAAGAACAAGAAAGGUGACGAAGGAAAGAAAGAAUCCAGUGCCAAGAAUAAAAGCUCAAAGAAGGGCAAAGGGAAAUAAAAGAGAAUAAAUGAGGGAAGAAUGAGAGAAAAGAAAAUAAGGACCACAAGACAACAGCCUGCUACCACGUCACCUCUAUGUGCAAGUCAUGCCCCAGCUCAAAUGGAUCAUAAUCACAAAGUCCACUCAAUAUCUAUUUCUGGAGUUCCUACUGUUCAGAUAUUUUGUCAUUUUUAGA